UUGAAUAGCCCCGUAGCACCGGGUGAAGUAGCCAGGAUUGAAAUAUUGUGUAUUCUCACAGCUCAAAUUUUUAGUGUGUGCAGACUUCAGCGACAGGAACUUCUGGAAGCUCUGGGCUGUAGGUGCCGCAGGCAGUCAGAGGGCGUCAUCGUUUUUUUCUGUUGUUGUGACGGCGCAAACCGGUGAGGCGACCAAUGAGUCAGCAGCUGAUCUGGGUUAAUUUUACCUAACCAGCCUAUAUAUAAAUAUAAGGAUAACAGCCCCGGUGAAAACAUCUGCACUAGAGAUCUGCUCGUUUUUACUAAGUCAUUCGGUUUUCAGAGGUAACCUAACAAUGGCAGUUCCAGUAGCUGCAUUACAACUGAGCACAUCAUCCAACCCGGGUCUGCUGGAGCACAACAUUCACAUCAGCGACAGAGAUUUGGGAAGGAUUUCAAGUAACAAUGAAAAUGACACGCUGCCUUUACAUUCUCCGUGGACUUUCUGGCUUGACAGAUCUCUACCAGGAACAACAGCUGCUGAAUGUGAGUCAAACUUGAAGAAAAUCUACACAGUUGAGACCGUCCAGAACUUUUGGCGAGUUUACAACAACAUACCCGGCGUCUCCAGUUUACCACUGAGAUGUAGCUAUCAUCUGAUGAGAGGAGAAAGGAAACCACUCUGGGAAGAAGAAAGCAAUGCUAAAGGUGGUGUUUGGAAAAUGAAAGUACCCAAAGAGUGCACUUCUGUUGUAUGGAAGGAGUUGCUCUUGGCUACUAUUGGAGAACAGUUCAGUGAUUAUUGUCCCUCAGAGGAUGAAGUCGUCGGUGUCAGUGUCAGUGUAAGAGACAGGGAAGAUGUGUUUCAGGUCUGGAAUGGAAAUGCUUCUUGUGCUAACGAGUCAAACAUCUUAGGGAGGAUCUAUGAGCUCCUCCCACAGAUACCUUUUAAAGCAGUGUUUUACAAACCACAUGAGGAGCACCACGCUUUUGAAGGAGGCCGAUCAAGACAUUAGCGCAUUUUGCACAUCAGAACACCUUGAGAUAAACAAUAUUUUUCUUUGCUUAUGAACGUGUUUCGGAUCAUAAUAUACGGGCAGAUUUUGAAGCAGUUGAGUUCAUAGUUGUUUAAUGGAUCAUCUUAGUUACCUCAAAAUUAUAGCCCAUGUAUUAUGAAACUCAAUCGAUGCAGUUUCCCAUCUUCUGGGCACUACUGUCAUUCAUAAUGAUAUCCAAAAUUAUUUUAGCCAAAAGCAAAAACCACUUUAGUUUAAUUUUAUCUUUGGCAGUGUUUGUAUGUUUUUAUACUGCAGAGUUUUGCAUAAAAAACCUUAACUAAAACAGCAGAUCAUGUACAGUCAGAUUUUUUUAGAUGUAUUAUAGCAUAUUUUGUGCAGUUUCCUGAGCACAGGCAGAGCCACGUCUUUGAAUUAAAUCUCAUUUUUGAAUCUAAGAGCAGGCCUAGUUCCGCAAAGCAAACCUUUAUCCUAACAAUACAUUACAAAGCUUUUUUUAGUCAGCUCUUUUCUCUGUUUUGUAUGUUACAGCCAGAAUACUUUUGCCUAUACUAGAGAACAUAAAUAUUUAGUAUGCUGUAAUGCUUACAUAUGAACAGAAAAUUGCACAUUCUUUUUUUUAUUUUCUUCUUUUGGAUACGAGUGAAUAAUGAAAGUAAUAUGUUCUUGUUACAGUAAAAGGACCUCAGUACACAAAACAUCGUAAGUAGAUGCUGAUAAAAUAUAUGCAAUCAUUUUUAUUCUGUAGAGUUUGUGGCAAACGUGCAGUGUCCUGGUUGUCCUAAAUCAAGCACUUUGUUUCUUACUGUAAAUGUAAAACAUCAGAUGGUCCCUCCAGGAUUAUAUGGAGUUGUGAUAACUGAGACCAAAUACACUUUGGCUUUGUGUCACCUUUUCUGAUGAAGUGUAAAGCUGUUUUUGCUCAUUUUGUUAUGAGUUUCUUCUCCUUUUAAUACUAACUGAGUAUUGUGGAUAACAAAGUUGAAAUUCUGUUUUUAUGUAUUCAUAUGACCUGUGUUAUAAUAAAUUUGUGAAACCUACCCUUUGUAAAGCAAAUAAUACUGGCCCCAGGAAAAAUGAACUAUAAUCAUAUGACACAGAAAUCUGUCACAGGGGUGCAAAAAGUAAAGAUGUUGCUCUUUCGGGGCUAUUUUAAUGAAUUUUUACAAAUCACUGGUGUUUGUUGAAGUGAUGUAAUCAGUGCAGCAGUGUUAAAUCUGUAUGAAACAAUCGGACAUGAUUUUCUGAUGCUGUACCAAAACAAUUUUAGUGUCUCUACAAUCCAUAGCUUUAAAUGUUUUUGUUUUUUUUUCUGUGGUCUUAUAUGCAAUAGGUUGCAUUUGUGUUUUUUGAAAUUUGGGAAGCUGAACCAUUCUACAUCUCACCAAAGGCGCCUUUCUUGUGUGUUUGGGAGAAAGAUUGUG